GCUGGUCCUACACGCGUUGCUCUCGCUGUUGGAACAGAUCCAAAAGCGUGGAGUUACCGAUAUAUGUUCGAAAGGCUGGGUAGCAAAGGCGAAGCUCUGGACGAUCGUAUCGAUGCCAUGGCAUCCAUCAUCCUAGAGACCUACGACCUCUCUGCCAACGAUAUAGCCGAUGCUGCACAAGCGUCUCAAGAUUCAGUCUACGUCAUUGGCCGUUUGGCACCAGCGCUUUCUGCUCCCGCUGGGACUGCUAGCGAGCGCGGUUUCCCGAGGUUGACCAGCGGAAACGUGGUGCUUGAGUCGAGCAGACUAGUCGGAGCUGGAAGCAGGACUCCGCUCGUCUUCCCGCCCAGCUGUACAAUCAGGACAACACCUGGAUGCGACCCGAGGACAGAACCCAGAACCGGCGUCUUUCCUGGCAUGAUCGUGGGACUGUAUGGCAAGAAUGGAGGUGCUGGAAAAUUCGUGGUCGAAGAAAUUUUGCUACCACCCCCACUACCCCACGCUUCGACAUCGGCCGAGGAGCUACAGACGCAUCAUCACGCCCCUGGCAGGAUGGCUUCUACUCCUCUUUCCAUCGUCGUUGCUUCGGGACCUUUCAGUAUCGAUUCCGACUUGCUCUUUGAGCCGUGGCAUCGACUGAUGGACAGCGUGGAGCAAAGCCGCCCAGACGUUCUUUUGCUUUUGGGGCCAUUCAUACCUAUCAGCCACCCGGCAUUGACCGCACCGGGUCAAGAUCAACUUCCUGCGGACGUUUUCAAGCAGCACAUCUCUGCGCGCCUGGCUAGAUUGGAGCAGACCGCGCCAAGGACGACCGCCAUCCUCAUACCUUCUACCAAGGACGCUGUGACUGCUCAUGCAGCGUGGCCCCAGCCUAUGCUUGAUAAGAAAGACGCAAGUUUGGGAAUACCGAAACGUGUCAAGUGCUUGCCGAAUCCGAGCAUGUUCAGCGUCAAUGAGGUGGUCUUCGGCGUCACGACGGGCGACGUGCUGAGAGAUCUUGGAAAGGAGGAGACUUGCGUUGACGUCCGGUUACCUUAUGCAGCGCUAGAAGCGCUGAAAAGAAACAAAGACGGUGACGCUGCCAGGGAAGAUCCACUCGCCAGGUCUUGUAGACACGUAUUGGGUCAGCGCAGCUUCUAUCCAAUCUUCCCAGCUUCCUGUGCGACAGGACAUCCCCUUGAUGUGACGCACAGUGCCUUGUCGCACUUCCAGACCAUCACUCCGGAUGUGCUGCUCCUGCCAUCCAUCAUGCGCCCCUUUGCGCGGGUCAUCGACUCUACAGUGAUCGUCAAUCCGGGAGCAUCGGCUCGAGGCAAGGCUAGCAUCAAUGCGACACAGCACGCUGCGUCUCCUGCU